AUGUGUUUCUCGUUGUUCGAUAAAAUAGGUCCUAUUUGGACGCCGCUGAGACGUGCUGGUCAUCAUCCAUCUGAAGUUGCCCACGCUGGACAGGUCUUGCAUCCAAAUGGAGUACUUACAUUUCAAUGCAUAUCACUGACAAACCACUUCAAUCACUCACACAAUAAUUGA